AUGCCGAGAUCUCUAACAAACGAACAAAGAAUUUUUCUCGUGAAACAAUGGUGGAUAUCAGGAAAUACACGAGUAGUAAAUGAAGCUUUUCAAGCUGAAUUUCCCAAUACAAAAAUUCCAACACGACAAACAAUUUACCAACUAGCAAAAAAGUUUGAUGAAACAGGUUCUGUUGAAGAUGCACCACGAAGUGGAAGACCGAGAACAGUUAGAACGGAAGAAAAUAUGGAACGUGUUUCUGAAACUUUUCUUCUGAAUCCACAAACAUCUAAAAAACGUGCAUCAAUUGAUCUUGGUAUCUCCCGUAGAAGCUUAGGCCGUCUUAUGCAGGAUCUAAAUUUAAAACUAUAUAAACCAAGAUUAUUACAAGCUUUAAACGAAGAUGAUCCAGAUCGAAGAACAGAAUUUUGUGAAUGGGUUUUAGAUUCAUUUGAAGAAGAUCCAACUCUAUUGGAUCGAAUUCUAUGGACGGACGAGGCCAUAUUCAAAGUAAACGGUCGUGUUAAUAGACACAAUUGCGUUUAUUGGAGUGAUACAAAUCCACACCUCGUUAUUGAACAAGAACUCAAUGUACCACAGGUGGUUGUUUGGGGAGGAAUAUGGUCAAAUGGCGUCGUUGGACCAUAUUUUUUUGAAGGUAAUGUUACAUCACAAAAGUAUUUUCAGAUGUUGAAGGAUAAUAUCAUACCA